AUGACAGAGGAAAUAACAUAUGCGGAUCUGGAAUUUAAUAAAUCUUAUGCACUGGAAAAUAUCCCAAAGCCUGCUGCUCCUGAGGAAAAAGGGCACCCUGCUUCUUCCCCCACAUGGCGUCUGGUUGCCCUGACUUUCCUCACAUUGUGCUUGGCAUUGCUGGUAGGGCUGUUAGCCCUGGGAAUAGUGUUUUUUCAGGUUUCCAGUGACUUCCAGAAACAGAUUGGAAACCUCAAGCGAAACCAGGAAAUUCUGCAAACAAGUUCCUCAAAAAGGCUGCAAGACAUGAAAGACAAUUUGUGUCUGAAAGGGGAAGAAAAAAAUAAGAAUAAUGGACCAAAUUGUACACUCUGCCCUGCAAACUGGCAAUGGAUGGGAGGUGACACCUGCUUCUACAUGUCAAGAGAGAAAAGGCCCUGGAAGCAGAGUCGAGAAUUCUGUUCCUUACAGAAUUCCCCCCUUCUCAUGCUACAGGACAAGAAGAAGCUGAACCACGUACCUCCAAGAGAGACUAGAGACUAUUACUGGAUUGGAUUAUCAUGUAAAUCUAAAGGGAACAACUGGCAUUGGGAGGAUGGCUCAGCUUUUUCAGCACACAGAACUGAUUGGAUUGACUUGUAUGCAUCCUAUAAUUGUGGCUACUUAUUUAGAACAGGUAUUUACAUCCCUAUUAAUAACUACUGCACGGAGAAGCACUUCUGGAUCUGUGAGAAAGCAGCUGUUGAGCUAAGGUACAGUGACAUCACCAAAAGGCACAUCAGUGCUUUCAGUACGAGAUAA